AAGUACUGCCAGUAGCAGCAUUGUGGUGACAAUGAUAACAAAUACUGCCAGCAGCAGCAGUUCCAGGCUCUGUGUUGGAGGAACAUGGGGUUUGGGAAUAUAUACUAGGGCAUGAAGUGUACAUUGAGCCCACUCCUCUUCCACAUCAAUCUAGCAGUUUUGCAAAGGUGUUUUUCUUUCUCUUGUCCCUGCUGCUUUCCAGAAGCAGACCACCAUACGCAUGUAACAUGCAGUCUGAACACAUGUGCAUUCCCUAACUCUCCAACCAUAUUCUGCAUCAGUGUGCAGUCAUUUGAUGUAUGUUUUACCUAUGUGCAAGCAAUUUGACCCAUCUGUUCCAUGUUGUCACAGCAGCGAGGGCUGUGCCGGAUGCCUGUAAUUGUGGGAGGUGUGUGCAGAUCAGCACCCUGGAGAGGGACACAGUGCUCAGCACCUUUCCAGCUGCAGCUAGGUGGAAGCAGGGAGAGUGCUUGUCCUCUUUCUCUCUGGUUCUUAUAGCCUAUGUGAAUAAGAGGGCUCUUCAUUAACCAUAAAGAUUUUCUUGGAUUGAAGGCAACCAGUCUACCUGACCUUUCUGUGGCAGAGAGCCACAGUGUGCUAGAGGGCAAUCAAGACACCUUUGGUCUAGGAGUAAUACUGUGGUCCUGCUGAAUGCCUACCCUUUAUCCCUCACUCAUGCUGGCUUUGCUUGCAUGGUGAGCUCUGGAUAUGUUGCGAAUGCUGCCCAAGCAAAAUGGAGUGGCUCUUGCUCUCUGUGAGUCUUGUUAUGCUCAAGAAGUUAGAGACCUAGACUGUUUACCCACCACUUUAUGAUUAUUUGCCUUUUCCUUUUGUCUCUCAAAUUACCUACCUUGUUCUGUGCCUACAUGACAACAGUGCAGAUAGUCUCUGAAUGGACAAAUGGCAUGUUAUUACAUACAGAGUCUACCUUUUUUAGCAGUUAUAGUCUCAAUUAGAUUUGUGUUGAUUGUCACGGUCCGUUUGGAUCUCUCAAACUUACAGGACAAUGUUCUCUGUAAAUUAAACUUUAUUUUGUGAGCUCAUUAGGGAAAAAAAACAAACAAACAUGACAAACAAGUGCUUAGUCCACUUUGUACAGACUAGGCUAGCACAGGAAUUCACUAAUUCAUCACUUAAGGCAUGAGGUUUCUAACUCCCUAGUUCUUUAAUUUGUAACUCAACUUGUAGCUCCUAACUUGUGCACCUAUGAGCAAAACGGUUACCUAGCCAAUGGUGGGAAUGCUCAUCCUUCCUCUUCCGUCAUGGUGCAGGUGUCCCCUGUAUCACACUGGGAAGCACAAAAGCCUCACCAGCACAGCUGCUGCUGGAUCUGCUUCCAAAACUUUUUGGCUGCUUUUGCAGGAGUCCUACAUUGGUGUCACAUAACAACUCUUUUUGAAAAUGACCGUCAUUUUUCUCACCUGUCCACGCUAGAAAGAGAAAUGGCUUUUCGCACGGAAAUGGGUCUUUAUUAUUCCUACUUCAAGAUCAUUAUUGAGGCACCAUCAUUUUGGAAUGGAGUAUGGGCAAUUAUGAAUGACAGACUAACUGAAUAUCCUUUAGUGAUUAACACCUUACAAAGGUUCAAUCUUUACCCAGAGGUAGUCCUUGCCAGCUGGUACCGCAUAUAUACUGCCAUUAUGGAUUUCCUUGGUGUACCGACAAAGACGUGUUGGACUGUAAACAGAGGAAAAGGGCUUAGUCCUGUUGAAAGCUGUGAGGGCUUGGGAGACCCUGCUUCCUUUUACGUUGCUGUGAUUUUUCUUUUGAAUGGAUUGAUGAUGUCACUGUUCUUCAUAUACGGUACAUACCUCAGUGGGAGCCGUCUCGGAGGCCUUGUUACCGUGAUGUGUUUCUUUUUCAACCAUGGAGAGUGCACUCGUGUCAUGUGGACUCCACCUCUUCGUGAAAGUUUCUCAUACCCAUUCCUUGUGCUUCAGAUGUUGCUUUUGACCUAUAUUCUCAGGAUUCCGAAUAUUAAUACAGGAAGCUUGAUUGCACUGUGUGUUUCUAAUAUCUUUUUCAUGCUUCCCUGGCAGUUUGCUCAGUUUGUUCUUCUAACACAGAUAGCUUCAUUAUUUGCUGUGUGUAUUAUGGGUUAUAUUGACUCCGGCAAAUUACAGAAGAUACUCUCUGCUCAUAUGGUAUCUCUUGUAGUGUGUUUUGUUCUGAUGUUUGGUAAUUCAAUGUUGUUGACAUCAUAUUAUGCUGCAUCUUUAGUAGUUAUCUGGGGAAUUCUUGAAUUGAGUCCAAAAGUCUUGAAAAGCAGCAGAAGAGAAGUCUAUUUAUGGGUCAUCGAAGGAUGUGCCUGGUUAUUUGGGACAGUCACCUUGAAAUACCUAACUUCUUUAGCAUUUGGAAUAGCUGAUGAUGCCCAUAUAGGAAAUAUAUUAAAGUCUAAAUUUAUUGGCUACAAGGAUUUUGAUACAUUAAUGUAUACCUGUGCUGCAGAGUUUGACUUCAUGGAAAAAGAGACUCCAGUAAGAUACACAAAGACUCUGCUAUUACCAGUUGUUCUGGUGGUUUUUGGGGUAAUCAUCAAAAGGGCAAUUAAGUAUCUUAUGUGGGCCUUAUCACAGGCGGGCCAAUGUGAAAGAGAGGAACGUUUUAAUCAUGGUGAGCUGGUAUACCAUGCAUUGCAGCUGUUGGCAUACAGUGUCCUAGCAAUUUUAAUCAUGAGACUAAAACUGUUUUUGACACCACAUCUAUGUGUUAUGGCUUCCUUGGUGUGUUCAAAGCAGUUGUUUGGAUGGCUCUUCUGUAAAAUCCAGCCCAAAACAUUGGUCUUUGCUAUUUUAGCAUUGAUGGCAAUAGAGGGAUCAGCAAACCUUCAAACUCAGUGGAACAUCAUGGGAGAAUUUAGCAAUUUGCCACAGGAGGAACUCUUAGAGUGGAUAAAAGUCAAUACCAGACAAGAUGCAGUUUUUGCAGGAGCGAUGCCUACAAUGGCAAGUGUUAAAUUGUCUACACUUCGUCCUAUUGUAAAUCAUCCUCACUAUGAAGAUGCAGGAUUAAGGGCCAGAACUAAAGUAGUGUAUUCCAUGUACAGUCGAAAACCUGCAAAAGAAGUAAAAAGAGAAUUGAUAAAACUAGGAGCUAAUUACUACAUUCUGGAAGAGUCAUUGUGCGUAAGCAGAAAAAAGCCUGGUUGCAGUAUGCCUGAAAUUUGGGAUGUCGAAGAUCCUGCUAAUAGCGGCAAAAUUCCUUUAUGUACCCUUAUGAGCAAGGAUUCCAGGCCAUAUUUCAUCACAGUAUUUGAAAAUAGCAAUUACAGAGUCCUGAAGGUUCUAAAGGAGUAACAUCUCAGUGCAAAGAACCAUCAGUCUUUCAACUUUUUAAACUAGUAACUAGAAGAAUUCUAAAUCAGAAAUACCUUUUCUACUAGACUUAAGAUGGAAAAAUGUGUAUUUUAUUUUUUACCAUUUUAAGUGAAUUCUGAUUAUAGAAAUAUCUUAAACCUAACAGUUUGGAUUUCUAUUUUGGGGUCAGUCCCUUGAGAUUUGCUAUGCAAAUGAUUAUAUGUUUGCACAUUUUGUUUAACACUGAAUCAGAAAGAGUUAAAAGUAGCUAUGGAAAGUAACUCCAUUCUCAAAACCAAUAAUAUUGUGAAAUGGGACUGUCAGAAUGUCUUAGCAAAGCAAGUUUGUUUAAAGCUUUGGUGCUAGCAGCUAGGAACAAAAGGAAUGGUGCUAUAGCAUCUGGCGUCACAUUUCUCAUGUCACUUUCAUUACCCAUCUUCCUUCUGGACAAGGUGAUACUAGAAAUUCUCUUAAGAGUCAUGUAGUUUCACUAGUCGUCUGAAAGAAAUUUUUUUUCUUUGAGAGGAUCACUUUGGAUCACUUUAACACAUGCUUUUAAGCUUGCUCUUGAAAUGGAAAAGUUUGUAGGCAGACUUGAAACUUCAUUAUUUAGGUGCAUGUUCUUGGAAUCUUACUGAUAUUAAAAAAGACUAAUAAGGGUAAUAUUUGGAGUGAGCAAUAGUUUAGCUUCUCAGUGUCCAAGGAUUUUUAGCAUUCUUAUGCAUUCAGAAUAAGCUGGCAUAAUAUAUGUGAAGUUUUUAAGGGAAAAUGCUUUAUUCAGGAAAAAUCUGUCAUAGCCUUAGAAAGAUAGUAAAUAAAUCCUUCACUGCCUUAACUAGACCUUCAGCGCCUAACUUGAUAAGAAAUUACUUGCAAAAUUUAUGCCCUAUUUUCUUUCCUCAUGUAUUAGAUCCUGCCUGGAUUUUAUCAGCAGCAUUAAAGAAAAAUGAGAUUUAACCAUAACUGUGAUAUGGGUAUAGUCAAUUGUUUGGGUAUAAUUGCUCUGACAAUAUUAGACUGGUUCUGUAGUUUUUCUGUCAUCUUAGUGUCACGUCAAUAUAGGUAAUAAAGAAUUUAGAGAAUUCACUUUCCGAGGACACCCUUUAGUUGUUUAACUGACUUGAUAGAACUUUUAUAUGUUUAUUGCCAUUGGGAAGUAUCACAGUCAGUUGUGAUUCUACAGUAUAAGACUUCUAAAGUCUAGUGCUUCUCUGUGUAUCAUUCAUGUUUUGGUUUUGUUUUGGCUUGUUGUUUUUUCUUUUUUUGUGUGGUUUUUG